CGGCGGGAGGCGGUAAUGUUCCCGGAGUCCAGCGGGAGGUGGCGAUGUUCCCGGAGUCGGGCGGGAGAGAGCGAUGUUCCCGGAGUCGGGCGGGGGGGAGUGAUGUUCUCUGAGUCCGACGGGAGGCGAUAUGUUCCCGGAGUCCAGCGCGAGGGGGCGAUGUUCCCGGAGUCCGGCGGGAGGUGGCGAUGUUCCCGGAGUCCGGCGGGAGGGGGCGAUGUUGCCGGAGUCCGGCCUUGGUCAGGGCAAAGUUGGAGGUUCGGAGCGAGGAGCGGAGGAGCAGCGAGUCCGAGGAUGGGAGGCUCUCAGAGCAGCGGCAGCGAGGGCUACCACGUCUAUGGGAUACAAGAUAACUCCCCAGCACAAAUUGCAGGUUUGGAGCCAUUCUUUGACUUCAUUCUUGCCAUAGGAAAUACCAGGCUGAACAAAGACAAUGACACUUUUAAGGACCUGCUGGUUGUCAAUGUGGAGAAACCAGUGAAGCUGGAAGUGUACAACAUGAAAGCUGCAAGGAUUCGGGAGGUGGAAGUCAUCCCCAAUAACAUGUGGGGUGGUCAGGGUCUGCUGGGCGCUAGUGUUCGCUUCUGCAGUUUUGAAGGUGCCCAUGAACAUAUUUGGCGUGUGCUGGAUGUUGAACCAAAUUCUCCAGCAGCCAUGGCAGGUCUCAAGCCACAAACUGAUUACAUCAUAGGCGCAGAUCAAGUGCUGCAAGAGACUGAAGAUUUUUUCAACCUGAUCGAAGCCUAUGAAGGAAAGCCCCUGAAACUGAUGGUUUAUAACAGUGAGACGGAUGCCAUCCGAGAAGUUGUUGUUACACCCAAUGGAGCCUGGGGAGGAGAAGGAAGCUUGGGCUGUGGCAUUGGAUAUGGCUAUUUGCACAGAAUCCCCUCCCGUCCUGUCGUACCAAAGAAAAAGGUUGAGAUUCCACCACCACCACCACCUGUAGCAAGCACGCCACCCCAGAACCUAGAAAAGGGAUACACGGAGGCACCUUUAAUUGCUCCAAGCUCGCCAGUUGAUGGAACGAAUGGGAGUCCAGAUUUGGAGCAGAGCUUGACCAACCUAACGAUGGAAAGUUCAUUACUCCCUCCUCCUAUACAACGGGUCAUGGACCCAGGUUUUCCACCUGGAUCCACAGACAUUCCUGAAGCUCAUGACUUAUCCGAUAUGUUGAAAAUGGCAGUGACAUCAUCCUCCUCGCCUAUCUUUAACACAAUAACAGAGAGAAACACUGGAACAAAUGGGGUCCUUGUCAGUGAAGAACUUGAUCUCCCCUCUGACCACACGACUGGAGCUGUGCCUGAAGUUUUAAAUUCUGUUAGCACUGAGCUUUGUGCUGCUGCUUCAACGGAGCAAGGCCUGGAUCAGGAAAGCUGCUCCGUCUCUGACUUGACUGUCCCAUCGCUUCCCACAUCUACUGAAACACCACCAGAAGCACACAUGGAUGUUAACUGUACAGAAUCUGUGCCAGAGGAUCUCAUAGAGUGCCCGCCUCAAUGUCAAAAUAACAUCUGUGAUUCAUCGGUGAUGGAAGAGGAAGCAAAAGGUUGAAGAAAGAGCCACAGAGACAUGGGGUAGCAGCGAAUGAGACACGUCUUGUGGCUGAAUAUCUUAUCUGUGUUUACUUUUAACCUAUCUGGCAUCAUUGAUAACUGCAACAGUUGUAUGUUGAGGCUAUUUUCUUUGCUCCUUGUCUAAAUGCUGGGUGUUUUAUGACUUCUGUCACAUUAACUAUUCCACUGUAGAGUGGAAACAACAAGGAGGUGUUCAAGUGCUGAUUUUUUUUGCAGUCCAAUCAGUUAGCUGCUAAACUAAAGUUCUGACGACACAUCUACUUUUUCCUCAAAACAUAAUCUUGGGUAUAUCGACUCAGAAACCGUAAAAAAAUAAGUACAAUCUGACCUUCAUGGGGAGAAGUAUGGUAGGAUCAUUGAAAUUGCUAGUUUUGAGAUAGAUGUAACAUUCUAAUUAGAUUCUAACAAUAAUAUACUUUCAGCAUCUUUUUUGGUGAGUUUUUUCUUGGUCUACAACACUACGUUCCAAUAAACAAUGAACAUUAGUAGUGGAUAGGAUGGAGCUUGAGGCACUGGAGACUGUCUUAAAGGUUGAAGGACCUCAGGAGUUUAGCACUCAAAUUGCAUGCUGUUAUCUGAAUCCUUUGAUUGUUUUACGUCAAUCACUUUUAUUUCCUAUUUAUACAGUGAAUGUGAGUUCUUUAAGUUCACCACUAUGUUGUUCAGAUUGAAAUAUUCUCAACAGUAAUUAGAGAUGGAUUGUAAAUCUUGGUCUUUUAACGAUGCUUUCAUCCCAUAAAUGGUAUAAGAAAAUUGUUACUACUCGAUGAAUCAGUAGCAGUUGGGGAAUAGAAAAUUGACAUCCGUGGACCGGGGAUUAAUGACACAACUUCCCCUCCCAAAUAUUUCUGAAUAAGCAAAGUUAAAUUAGCCUCCUGGGGAGGGGAGGGCGGGAGAAUUCUUGUAUUUUCCCUUUCGUUCACACAGUUGCUGUAUCUUAAGUUGUUGGAAAAGAAAUCUGUAAAUUAAUAAUAUUCAUUUAUACUUCCAGUUUGCAUCCUGGUUCUGCAUCACCAAAUUUUACAGUCAGAUAUUUUUCUUUUAACUAUGGCGAUUUUUCACUGAAGUUACCAAGCUAUGAGGUUGUUGCUGCCUUAAAGGCUGCAAAGAAAAUGGUCAAUAACUGAUUUUAGACUGACAUUUCUCCUACUGCUGGCCAAGAAGACUGUUUAUUACCUGAUGUUACCUUAUUUCCUGGUAAGUCUUCUAUACUUCCCUUCCCACAUCAGGAUGCAUUGACUCUUACUGGGGUACACUUCCUCAUGGGCCUGGCCAGUCUUCACGCAACUGUCAGUAAGUAGUCUAACCUUGGCAGGUACCACUGUUAUGUCCCAUUCUGUGUUUACCGGAUUACACGUAAUUUCCAAAAGUACUGAUGGAAUCGUCAAGAGCAGUAUAUAUUUCACAUACUGCCACCAUGCCAUUCAUUUUGCUGUGUUUUGGUUCAUUUAAGCCAAAGACUGAAAAAGCUGGCUGCCUUUUUGUAGCCUGUUCAAAUCACCCAGGAUGCUGAUUUGCAAGCAAGAUUGUCAAUUAUUUAACUAGCAUGCAUAUGGAUUAUACACAUAGAUGCCAUUAAUUUUUUUGCAGUUAAUUUUAUACAGCAACACUAUAAGUAUGCCUUGAAUAGUAGUUUCACUAUAUGAAACAUUCAUUGUUUCCCAGGAGCAUAGAAUUGCACAAAGAUCAGCUUGUACUGUAAUUUAGUAUGCCGUCUGUCCCUUAUGCCAGUUAAUGAAGGGUUUUGGAGAGUUUUAUUGCUUAUCAAAGUGGCGCACAAGAUAAUGUAUGAUUGAAGAUAUAAUAAUGGGGUGAUCCUACACAUAGACUAGUAUUGCUACUUAUGGUUUUGGAGGUGCCUAAUACUUCAACCAGAUUAUAUAGCUUAUUUUUCUUUCUCAGUUUCUAUGGAAUGUUUUCUUUUAGUUGGCAGUUAUAUUGCUUCAUUAUCGCUUUUUAUUUCACUGGACCUUGUUUGGUUUAUUUGACACUCACAUUACAGAUCCUGAUUAAACUGUAAUCCUUGGAGUGGGGUUGGGGAGACAGCUUUAAUGGGAAUGAUGUUUAUAUGUUGAAGUAAUAACUCUAAGAGAAUAUUGUUGCACAAUAGCCUGUCCAGGAUGCCCUUCAUGUCAGAGCAGAUGUGCAAUCAAAAUGAAAUCUUGUGACAGAGCUUGAACAAAUAUUGUAUUUUGACUUUUCCCAAGACGCUGACCCAAUUUUUACUUAUUUUCUGGCGUUUAUAUUCAGUUCUUCAUUUCAAGACUGCUCAUUGCCAUUUUUAUCAUUCACCACAUUUGUGUAGGUCCCUCUAUUGUUUUGUUUAGUUGUGACUUUUUAUUGAGUGCGAACUCAAAUCGUUGUUACAGUCUUUUUCUCGUGGGCUGACUGAAAGGCCAUCAACAAGAUACGUAAUAUGCAAAUUAGCUUUAAAAAGAAACUUGCAAUGCUGGAAAUGCAGAAGGUGCUCGGUCAGUCCGGGUGUACCCAAAAUGUAUUGACCAUCAUUCUCUUGGUGAUGCUCAAUGUCUAUUUGCUGAUAUUUUGAAGGUAUUAACGGAUAUUAAUUUUGUAUCAAAGAUUUUUUUUAAAAAGGUGUGAAAUGCACAUUUCCUAAAAUGCUGACACUUCGGUUGUGUGUUUGUUGAUUAUGUGGUCCUUAAACAUGAAUUUUAGUAGUCAUGUCGUAUUAGCAGGUGUCUGAGCCUACGUCUGACUUUAAAUUCACUCGUUGCUGUUUGAUGUUUGAGAAGAAUUUAGUAAGCUUGUACCUACACCGUUUCUUGCCAGAGUUGCAGCUAUCCGUGACUGCAGCGGAAGAGUUGAGAGCUGGUAACCUGGCCCUUCUUAAAAAUCAAUGGAUUAACAACACCCAGCUGUGUGGAACUUUUUUAUUGGUGUGUAAAACUGUAGCACUGGAUUUAUUAUCUUUAUAGAUUUAGGGUGUAGUCCAAUUUCCACAUCUUAGUGUUUACAUUUGGAUAGAUGCUUUUCAUAUAAAUGUAAUUUUAAUGAUGCAACAGAAGAAGUUUCUGAAAGGUGAAUGCUGACAAAGGGAAUUUAUAUUUUAACAAAAAAAGCUUUAUGGUUGUAUAUAGAAAGGUGGGACAGUGCAUGUAAUUUUUUUUUCUCGGAAAUAAUUAAACUAUUUAAUUUUGGUGCA